AUGGCAGUCAUUUAUAGUUUACUAUCUGUUGCAACUGCUUUAGAAAACAUCUUGAUUCUGGUCGCCCUUCGCAGAGAUAGAUAUCUUCAUCCUCCUUCAAAACUUCUGCUUUGCAAUCUCACGAUCACCGAUCUUUGUACUGCCUUAAUUUCACAGCCAGUAUCAGCUGCUGUCAGUUUGGCAGGAAGAGACCAAAUUGAUGGCGAACUAUGUCUUUUGGUAGAAUACACAGCUUUUCUUUUAACAGCGAUUUUCUCCGGCUUAUCUCUGUCGACUGUGACUGUUAUUUCUGUGGAUCGACUCAUGGCCCUUUUGCUAGGAAUACGAUACAAACAAACGAUAACUGGAAGACGAAUCCGUGUUGUUCUCUUUCUAAUGUGGAUCCAAAGCAUUUUAGUGGGCGCCGUUUCUUUCUGGAACAUGAAGGCGUUCUUUUUUGUAUGCGGUCUUUUAGUUACUUUAAAAAUGACAAUCUCGACUUACUGUUACACAAGAAUCUUUCACAAUAUUUGGCGUCGGCGAACAGCCGUGCAAGAUCUCAGAGGAGAAGGAGCAGCUGCUUUGUUAGUGAUGGCACGAUACAAAAAGACAGUGAUCAACUCUUUAUGGGUCCACAUAACAUUAGUAACAUGCUAUUUUCCUUUUGCAGUAGUAACUACUUUAAUGCUUAUUCGUGGAUUAAAUUUCACAAUUUUCGUGGCACAAAUCGUAGCUGUUGGUUUGAUUAGUCUCAAUUCCGUGCUAAAUCCUAUUGUUUAUUGUUGGAAGAUUAAAGAAGUUCGAAAAGAAGUAAAAGAAACGAUAACACAGUUUUGCGCUCGUUUUUACGGUUGAAGAAAUUGCCGAAAACUGAAUAUAAUUAUGUGCUAAUGCUGUAAAUUCUAGAGUUUGGCUGUUGCUUGAGAUUAUAACACAUAUAUGUAAAUACAUUUAAAAAUUUGCCGAAUGCUUGAUUUGUAAAUAAGGGAACAAUCCAUUCGGUAAAUUUGCUUAACAAUACUUGGUGAUAAUACUUCCGGGUAGCAGAGAAAGGCUAAGAGAAGAGUUACACUAAACUACCAAAUACUGUAAUAGAAAGAGUAUUUUAAAAAAAUUUCCCCUAAAGGAAAUAAAAUUUGAAUGGCUUAUUGAGGAGAGUGUCUCUUCAGUUAUCAGGUUUGUGUCGAUACUGUUAUUUGACUUUAAAAGCUUUGACGUUAAUUAGAUAGAGAUCGUCCUUGAUCAUGAAAAAUCUGAUCAUUACUGUCUGUCAAAUUCCAAACCCAGGUAUUCCUUUUGUUCCAGAGAUGUUUCUUUCUUCCUUGAACGGAAAUAAGACUGAUCGUAAAACGUUUAAGAUUGUAAUGCUAUAGGUGGUUUACUUCUCCAGUCCUCAGAUUUAUCAUGCAUAACUGACAGAGUUUGUAACUAAGGGCUUCCAGUUUUGGCGUAUUGGCGAGCUCCUGGCUGGGAAGUGGUGUUGGUAAAUUUGCGACAACUCCGAGGAAAAUUUUAACUGAACUAGCGGACACUGAUUAUUAAUUUGUAACAAACACAGUGUUUCAUGUUACUCAGUUGUAGUACAAUACUAAGACUGAUCAUGAUGCUAUCCGCUACUGUAAUCACAAAAACAAUUCUGCUAUGUAUUUAGAGUACAGUGGUUUCAUUCCAAGAUAUAAGAUAUUUUUCACCUGAGCCUUUUAUUGCACUAUGCACAGCUUGCGCCAAGUCUUUACCUUACUUAAUCAUUUAUUAUGUUUCAUUUAUGCUUUGGUCACCGCGAAACAAUAAUUUCCCGGCUAUUUUUAAGACUUCUUCACAUGUAUGUACGAUUGAAAAAUAAAAGAAGAAAAAUCAUCAAAACUGCACAUUAUGACCUUCAAUGCGCAAGUUUUGUCGAUAUCCUACAGCCAUGGAUGAGAACGAGUCAAAAAAUAUAAUUUAAAGAUAUUCAACCUCGUUUAUCUGUGCUUGUUCAACUAGAAAAAAAGGCAGAAAUUUUUUGAAACGUUCUUUUUACCGCAUGUCGAAUUUCUAUCUAAGACCCAUACAGAAGCUAUGAUGAGAUAACUUCUCGUGUUAGUAAGAAGCUCUUGAUAGCGGAGCGUAUGAAUGAUGGCAAUAUACCUGUCCAGACUAAUGCAGCAUAGGUUGAACGUUGUAGCUACAGUGGUGUGUAUCCACAGAUAAUCAAUAGCUUUACCGUAAGUUUUCAGAUAACUGUCUUCGUCAUAAUUGAUGCACCUGGCCGUUGCCCAUACAGGGUUUAUAACAAGUCCUACCGACAAGUCCGCCACAGCCGAUGAAGAAAUGAAAAAAUUCGAAAUUAUUCUGAGGGAAUGAUUUCUGCCGAUCAACCAUAAGACAACAGUGCUACCAAUUACGGCCACCAGACCUGUGACACUGAACCAGGCUGCCAAAACGAUCCUUCCCUCUUGGCUAAACUCCUCCCUGGUGCUGUUCAUAUUGCAAAGGCGUCUUUUCAGUUCUGCUAACUUGGCGUGAGUUCUUCUGCGAUAUUAGAUGACGAACAAUUUAUGGAUUUAAAACACUUUUAAUAUAUUUCGCAUACUGUUUGGCCCAAUAGGUAAAGAUCAACACCGAAGAACUUAAUAAAUUAUUAAAGAAACACCGGUGGCCGGUUUUCAAGUUAAUGUCUGGGUGGUGAAUCACCCUCAACCUCUAGUUGCUGUGCUUUCGUCCAUGCAUUAAUGUAAGCUGCCAACGCGUCGAUUUUCUCAUUAACUAACUCAAUGAGUCGAAUGCUGUGUCGAAUGCUUUUGUUUAAUAGUAAUUUCGCUCGUCAAAACGUCGAGCAUUAAAUAAUAGUCAAUUUAGCACAAAAGAAGUACAGUCAUGACAAGUGAAAGUCAAGAAGAAGAAGAAAAGUCAAGAAGAAAUAUUUUAUUUUGA